AUGAGCCUUUAAUUCUCCGACCACAAACUGGAAAGCAAUUCUAAAAGCCCCAACUUCUCUAGUCAAAGCCACCGCCAAAAUCCAUCACAAAACAGCUCCGCCAAUUACGCAGCCAGUCUGCACCUGUCUCAGUGCAAAUGCUAGUCGCCCCUUUCACACAUCCCAAAACGUAAGAAAAUCCCAUCACUAACUAUAAUAAUCCACACGUAAACCAAAGCAACUCCUUCUUGCUGCAACAAUGGGUCGAGAACAAGAAGAAGGGGAAGGGGGUGAAGAGUACUUGUUCAAGAUAGUGGUCAUAGGAGACUCUGCUGUUGGGAAAUCCAACUUGUUGUCAAGAUUUGCUAGAAAUGAGUUUGAUAGCAAUUCAAAGGCUACAAUUGGGGUAGAGUUCCAGACCCAAGUGGUGGAUAUUGAUGGCAAAGAAAUCAAGGCACAGAUCUGGGACACUGCUGGUCAAGAGAGGUUUAGAGCUGUCACCUCUGCUUACUAUAGAGGUGCCGUUGGUGCUCUCAUUGUUUAUGAUAUCACCAGGAGGACAAGCUUUGAUAGUGUUAAGAGGUGGCUUGAUGAACUUGGCACUCAUUGCGACACUGCGAUCGCUAGAAUGCUUGUAGGGAACAAGUGUGAUCUUGACAGUAUCAGAGAAGUGAGUAGAGACGAGGGCAAGAGCCUUGCGGAGGAAGAAAGUCUAUUCUUCAUGGAGACAUCUGCCCUUGAUUCUACUAAUGUUGAAGCUGCUUUCGAGGUUGUUAUCCGUGAAAUCUACAAUAAUAUGAGCAGGAAAAUCUUAAACUCUGAUUCAUACAAGGCUGAGCUGACAGCCAAUCGAGUGAGCCUGGUGAAUGGGGACACCUCGUCCAAAAAGUAUGGCUUCUCUUGCUGCAAUACAUAGUCUCUUUUCUUUCUGGAGUGUAAUUCGAGUCCGGUGUUUGAAUUCUUUUUGUCAGAUCGGCGCUGCAUUUUACUUACUAUUAUCCUUGGCAACAAGUAUAAAAAUCAUUUAAGCUUUUUUUCGAACUAGUAGUCGUCUCUGCGUGUGUUGUAUGAUGUGACUUGUUUUUUGAGAAUUCAAAACGCUGAUGAUGCUUGUACUGCA